AUGCGGGCAGGCGUGUGAAGUACCUACCAGGUAGGCAAGUGUCAGAUUAUCAAGAGGCAGAUAAAGCAAAGAUGGAGCGUUUCGUCUGUCCAUUGCAGCCGAUAGAUAGCAAUGUGUUAAUGCAAACAAGACCGCGGAAGUGCUUGGAUUUUUUCUGUCCCUUCCACCUCCGCGGAACCUCGACGCUAAUCCCGCCACGGCCAUUGGCUGGCGCAGGCGAUAAGACAGCCCCGAAUGGCGUCAGCCAGACUCAGCAUCCAAAAAUUUACUCAUGCCGAAUCCCACGACGCCGAUAUCCGGCUUGCGGAUUCCCGGAAGUGCCGCCGUCGCCUCUGCAAAAUGUCCGUCCUGUCCAGCAACUCCUCGGGAGUGUGCAACUCGCGGGAUCUCCCUUGCGAAAGGAGGGCAGUGAUAUAUCUUGGGUAGCCUGGCCUGUUUGUCCUUUCUCCUGGACUUGGCAACACACAAAGAACCCUCAACACACGCAUCAAAACGCCCAGCCAUGGCGUCCACCCUCCCGCCCUACCAUACGUCCAUGCUGACGGCCGUCGACUGCCGAGGCCAUGUGCACCUCGUCCUGGGCACCAACCCGCUGGCCGCCUCGCGCUGCGCCCAGAGCCUGGCCGCGGGCGCCACGCCCAUCCUGAUCGCCCCCGACACCACUAACGGCGACGCCGGCGACCCGCUGCACUACGCGCUGCGGCGGCGCGUCGACUCGGGCGAGGUGCAGUGGCUGCGGCGGCCCUUUGCGCCCGCCGACGUGUCGACGCUGGGUCGGCCCGAGGCGUCGUCGCACGUCGACGCCGUCUUCGUGACGGCGGGGCCACGCGACCCGCAGAGCGAGGCCGUGUCGGCCCUGUGCCGCCGCCUGCGCGUGCCCGUCAACGUCGUCGACGCGCCCCGCCUCUGCACCUUCAGCCUGCUGUCCACCCACACCGACGGGCCGCUCCAGGUCGGCGUCACCACCAAUGGCCGCGGCUGCAGGCUGGCCGGCCGCCUGCGCCGCGAGCUGGCCGCGUCCCUGCCCGCCGGCAUGGGCGCCGCCUGCGCCCGCCUGGGGGAGCUGCGCAGGCGGAUCCAGGAGGAGGACGGGGAUGUGGUUGAAAGGAGUCCGAAGCGGCAGAAGCGAAUGGAGGAGGAAAAGGAGGAAAAGGAGGAGAAGAAGACGAAGACGAAGACGAACGACGACCAAGCGCCUCCUGCAGCCGAGGACGAAGACGAGUCGUACGACCAGCGCGCCACGUUUAAUAAACUGGUGACCGACGCAGACCUCGAGGCGGCCAAGACGCGGCGCAUGCGGUGGCUGGCCCAGGUCUGCGAGUACUGGCCCCUGAAGCGCCUGGCCGCCGUCGACGAUGCCGACGUCGACGCCGUGCUAGAGGCCUAUACCGAAACCGAGCAGCAGCAACACGACCCCGCCAAAAGCGAGACGUUGCCACCCUCCCCCGCCGCCCGUGGCCGCGUCAUCCUCGCCGGUUCCGGGCCGGGCCACCCGGACCUCCUGACGCGCGCCACCCACAAGGCGCUGCAGGCGGCCGACGUGGUGCUGGCCGACAAGCUCGUGCCGGCGGGCGUGCUGGACCUGAUCCCGCGCCGCACCCCCGUCACCAUCGCGCGCAAGUUCCCCGGCAACGCCGACGCGGCCCAGGACGAGCUCAUGGCCCAGGCCGUGGCGGCCGCGCGGGAGGGCAAGGUCGUGCUGCGCCUCAAGCAAGGUGACCCUUAUGUCUACGGGCGCGGCGGCGAGGAGGUGGCGACGCUGCGGGCCGCCGGGGUAGCGGUCGCGGUGCUGCCGGGCGUCACGAGCGCGCUGUCGGCCCCGCUCUUCGCCGGCGUCCCGCCCACGCAACGCGACGUGGCCGACCAGGUGCUCGUGUGCACUGGCACGGGCAAGAAGGGCAGGCCGCCCGCGCCGCCCGAGUACGUGGCCUCGCGCACUGUCGUGUUCCUCAUGGCGCUGCACCGCAUCACGGGGCUGGUGCGGGAGCUGACGUGCCGCACUGAGGAGGAGGAGGAGGAGGAGAAGAAGAAGAAGCAGGCUGGGGACGCGGGACCACCACCAUCCAGGGCACUGUGGCCCAAAAACACGCCCUGCGCCGUCGUCGAGCGCGCCAGCUGCCCGGACCAGCGCGUCAUCCGCACGACACUCGAGUUUGUAGCCGAGGCGAUCGAGCAGGAGGGCAGCCGGCCGCCGGGGCUGCUCGUUGUAGGCAGGGCGUGCGAGGUGCUGCACUCGCCCGAGAGGGGCAGGUCCUGGGCCGUCGAGGACGGGUUCAAGGGGCUGGACCUGGAUGAGCUGGUGCCGCAGGUAGGGCUGUCGGCUUAGUCGCAAUGUGUAUAGAUUUAUGCCUUUUAUAUGUUGCGUAUGAACAGACCCAAGCAUCACUUCGAAACGACGCAAGAAAAAGAAAUCAU